CCUCGCCUCGCCUCGCCUCGCCUCGCGCCGCGCCGCCCCGUCCCGUCCUCCAGGCGUGUGAACCUGUAAGAGAAGAAGUCUUCAAGAUGAUCGUGUGGGUUCUAGUUAUAGGGAUUCUGCUGCCCCAGUCUUUGGCCCACCCAGGCUUUUUUACUUCAAUUGGUCAGAUGACUGACUUAAUCCACACAGAAAAAGAUCUGGUGACUUCUCUAAAAGACUAUAUUAAGGCAGAAGAAGACAAGUUAGAACAAAUAAAAAAAUGGGCAGAGAAAUUAGACCGCCUAACCAGCACAGCAACGAAAGAUCCCGAAGGGUUUGUUGGGCAUCCUGUCAAUGCAUUCAAGUUGAUGAAACGUCUCAACACUGAGUGGAGUGACCUGGAGAACCUUGUACUGAAGGACAUGUCAGAUGGCUUUAUUUCUAACCUAACCAUUCAGAGGCAGUACUUCCCCAAUGAUGAAGACCAGGUCGGGGCAGCCAAAGCUCUGUUGCGCCUGCAGGACACCUACAAUCUGGACACAGAUACCAUCUCAAAGGGCAAUCUUCCAGGAGUGAAGCACAAGUCUGUUUUGACGGCUGAGGACUGCUUUGAGUUAGGCAAAGUGGCGUACACAGAAGCGGAUUACUACCACACAGAACUGUGGAUGGAGCAAGCGCUAAAGCAGCUGGAUGAAGGCGAGCUCUCUCCUAUAGAUAAAGUCUCCGUUUUAGAUUAUCUGAGCUAUGCUGUAUACCAACAAGGAGACCUGGAUAAGGCACUCUUGCUCACAAAGAAGCUUCUGGAACUAGAUCCUGAACACCAGAGAGCUAAUGGUAACUUAAAAUAUUUUGAGUACAUAAUGGCUAAAGAAAAAGAUACUAGUAAGUCUACUUCAGGCAACCAAUCUGAUCAGAAAGCCACCCCGAAGAAAAAAGGGAUUGCUGUGGAUUACCUGCCAGAGAGACAGAAGUACGAAAUGCUGUGCCGUGGGGAGGGUAUCAAAAUGACUCCUCGGAGACAGAAGAAACUUUUUUGCCGCUACCAUGAUGGAAACCGGAAUCCUAAAUUUAUUCUAGCUCCAGCCAAACAGGAGGAUGAGUGGGACAAGCCUCGUAUCGUUCGUUUCCAUGAUAUUAUUUCUGAUGCAGAAAUCGAGAUUGUCAAAGAUUUAGCAAAACCAAGGCUGAGCCGAGCUACAGUACAUGACCCUGAGACUGGAAAAUUGACCACAGCACAGUACAGAGUUUCCAAGAGUGCCUGGCUGUCUGGCUAUGAAGACCCCGUGGUGUCUCGAAUUAAUAUGAGAAUACAAGACCUCACAGGGCUGGAUGUUUCCACAGCAGAGGAAUUACAGGUAGCAAAUUAUGGCGUUGGAGGACAAUACGAACCCCAUUUUGACUUUGCACGGAAAGAUGAACCAGAUGCUUUCAGAGAACUUGGGACAGGAAACAGAAUUGCUACGUGGCUGUUUUAUAUGAGUGAUGUGUCUGCAGGAGGAGCUACUGUUUUUCCUGAAGUAGGAGCCAGUGUUGGGCCCAAAAAAGGAACAGCUGUCUUCUGGUAUAACCUGUUUGCUAGCGGGGAAGGAGAUUACAGCACGCGGCACGCAGCCUGUCCAGUGCUCGUGGGAAACAAAUGGGUAUCCAACAAGUGGCUCCAUGAACGUGGACAAGAAUUUCGAAGACCGUGCACCUUGUCAGAAUUGGACUGACAAACUGGCUUCUCCCUUCCUCUUCUGUUGUUAUAUGCUAACGUGUCUGACACAAUUCCUAAUCUUUCAAGAGUUUACAAUUGACUAACACUCCAUGAUUGAACCUCCCAUGUCUCAUCUGUGGACAGUCGUUAAGUCAUCACAUCGUAAAACCUUAAGGUUUAGUUGAUACCACAAAAGACCGUCAAAAUGGGGAAUGUUACAAAGAACUUUGCCGUUGAUAAAAAGAUACCAUCAAGUCCUCGAUUUUACUACACCUUGGCGGGUAGCAGUCCACAGUUGGCUGUGUGGCUCAGAUGCCUUACACCUAACCUGGCCUUCCUUGUGGCUUAUCCUCUAGACUGUUCAACACUAAAACUUGGCUCAGUUCUAACAGAUGCUUGUUCCUCCAUACAUCAUUCUGAGUAUAUUUUUUUCUCUAUUUAAAGAAUGUCUAUUUUUCCUACCCCUCUUCUCACCUCCUAUGGUGAAUUAAACUGGGUUAAGUUCAAAUAUUUCUGUUAAGAUUUUUUUUUAAACAAAGUACUAUCUAGAACUGAGUCUUUUUAACUAAAAUACCCAUUACUUCCUGUUUCUCUUUUUUUCUUAAAUGACUGGCUUUGCUCAGAAAUGGUGUUUUCUUGAACGUUAUUACCUUGCCUCGUAACCUGCUUCAGCAGGUGGUGGUACUGACAUGCUGACUCAAUACUGUGCCUUAGGAGACUGGAAGUUUAACAUGUACAGGAUCUUUUAAUGAUGAGGUGAUUGGAUUUUGAAAAGUAAUCUUUUUCUUAAGCCCAAUGUUUUUUUUUUUAAUUCUGAAAUGUGUUAUGACAAUAAUGACCUAUUUAUGAUCUUAAAUCUUUUUUAAAAAAGUU